CCCGAGUGCAAUGGCAACCAUGUACUGUGGAAAUAUGGUUUAGUGAACGUUGUUAAACUGGAACCGAGUCGUUGUCAUUUUAAGUUAACGUUGGUAGCAGAAGAUGGCUAAUAACUACAAUGUGCCACCUCGCUUCGACGAGGAGUGGUCGUAUGAAAGUUGGAUAAAUGAACUUGGAAUCUGGACACUGGUUAUUUACUAUUUACUAUCUGGACGAGAAAAAGCAAGCACUUGUGGUGGUAUUAUCCCUCCUUUGAGGAUUUGAACAAGGAUGAUGGUAUGGGAACUUUGAUCAGAGCACUGGUUUCUUAAAGAAGAGAAAGACGGUGCCUACAAGGCAUAUUCAAACUGACAGUUACUAGAGACAUUUCGGUUGCGUUGACGGACUACAUAAUUAAUUUCGAACAGCGGUACAAUAGGUAGGAUGCGCAAGUACGACAUGAUUCUCCUGGAUGCAGCUUUCAAGUUGCUAGAUACUGCCUGUCUGGAUGGUAGGGAGAUACGGUUGGCUUUGACUGCUUGUAUUGUGCUGACUUGAGUCAAUGAAGUCGGCACUAAAAAUACUUUGGUGAAAAGUCGUCUUGCGCCAAUAACAGAUGGAAUGCAAGUGAGUGACGCUGCAUAUUACACUGAGCGUCAGAGAAAGGGCGCCAACAAGUCACGUUCUCAAGAUAACCAGACGAGGGCGCCAUUGCCCGGCACAAAUCCACUGGACAGUUUGGAGUCAUGCCUAUACGUCGUGCAGCUAGGACACCACCCCAGGAGAUGCCCCCCUCGGCUGCACCAGAGGGAGAGCCUGAUGCCAGUUCUGAGGAGUCUGCCUCUGUUGAGGAGGAGCAAGAGAUGGCACCUGCUGCCAUAGUAGCCGGGGAGGGCACAGGUGAAGGAGAGACAAAAGAGAAUGGUGAGAAACCUGAGGGAGAGAAAGCUGAUGAAUCGACUGGAGAGAAGACUGCUGAGGGGGAAGAGUCUGAGAAGAAAGAAGAGAAGGAUGGAGUGAAAGAGAAAGUCAAGAAGCCAGUGAAAAGGGCCAUUCCCGCCUGGGCAACCAUGUCUGCCAGCAAACGUGCAACGCUCACUAAUAAGAGCACCUCCACCGUGCAGCUGCCUAAGAUGGACGACAUCCUCAUCGAGGCCAUUGAGUCCUGCAAGGAGAAGACUGGGGCCUCAGCCCAUUCUGUCAUGAAGUACAUUGUGAAGAAAUACCCUAACCUAGAGAAGAGGAAAUUCCUCCUUAAGAAGGCUCUCAAGAGGCAGCUGGAGAAGGGCACCGUCAAACAGCUAAAGGGUAAAGGCCUUUCUGGGAGCUUUACCAUUGGGAAGCAGUCCCCUAAUAAACCAACUGCUAAAGGGAAGCCGAUCAUCGUGGCACCUGGGUUGAAGGCAGAGACCCUUGGGGAUGCUCUGCCCCUGAUCAUCACACGGCUAUGUGAGCCCAAAGAGGCGUCUUAUAUCCUGAUCAAGAAAUAUGUGGAGCAGCACUUCCCUCAGCUCAACGUGGAGCAUAGGCCAGAUAUCCUAAAGAGUGCCCUGGUGAGAGCUGUGGACAAGGGUCACCUGGAGCAGAUCACUGGAAAAGGUGCCUCUGGAACAUUUCAGCUGAAGCGGGAAGGGGGCAAGUUCCUGCUUAAAGGCGGGCCCCUGGAGGACGCUAUCAUGACAGCCAUUGUGGCAAUGAACGAACCCAAGACUUGCAGCACCACCACACUCCGCAAAUUCCUGUUAGAGACAAACCAGGACAGCAUGGAGUACCGUGUGGUGAACAACCUGAAGAGGACCCUGCAGAAAUGCAAAAUGAUGGGCUGGAUGGAUCAGAUCACUGGGAAUGGGCUAAACGGAACCUACCAGCUCUGCUACCCUUACUACCCCAGCCCAGCCAUUCUGUUCCCUGAAAAAGUGAAAGAGCAGAAAGUGGCGGAGAAGGACAAACGCAGAAAGAGGGUUGACUUGUCUGAUGAGGACUCUGAUGAGGAAGAGGACUCGUCCGAGGAAGAGGACUCAGAUGAUGAACCCCCUCCUAAGAGGAAAGCUGGGAAGAGGCCACCACCUAAAGCGCGUCGCCCCCCCCCCAGCAAGAAGUCUCGGUCGGCAAGUCAGUCAAGGGCUAAGGGCAAAAAAAGAGCUGCCCCAGCAAAGAGGUCUGCGCCCCCAGCAAAGAGGUCUGCGCCCCCAGCAAAGAGGUCUGCGCCCCCAGCAAAGAGGUCUGCGCCCCCAGCAAAGAGGUCUGCGCCCCCAGCAAAGAGGUCUGCGCCCCCACCAGUCAAGGCACCCCCACCAGUCAAGGCACCCCCACCAGUCAAGGCACCCCCACCAGUCAAGAAAGCUGCACCUGCGAGCAAGCCCAAAACACCCAUUGUCAAAAAGCUGAUGAGCAAGGCAUCGAAGGGGCCAACGCCCAAAAAGUCACCUCCUGCAAAGAAGGCAGCAGCCAAUUCUGCAGUGAAGGCCAAGCCAGCAGCUCGCAAGUCCCUGAGGGGGAAGAAGUGAGUUUACUAUUGCCCAGCAGCGGAAGUUUAACUGUAGCUCUGAAGACAGCGGUGCUCUGCCUCUAUCCAUGCUCUCUUUCGCAUCAUUGUUUUCCUCCAGUUUGGGGCUAUAGAAUUAUUUUCUCUGUAGGAUUGGGAUGUGGCAGUUAUUAGUUAAUGUCAAUUUACUGUACUUGGGAACUGUUCAAUUUCUGUGAACCCAACUUUUAAUCUCCAUUGUGUAGAAUGGCCUCUUAAAAUAUGUAAAACUGCCUAGGUAAAGAAUUGUGAAAUUUCCAUCACUACUUUUAUUUCCCUCACACACUUAAUUUUGAUAAUGUAUAGGCAGACAUCCAGAAUCAGUGACUUGUCUUCUACUUUUUGCAUUUCAUCCCAGUCCACUCUACCAUGUUUUACCUGGACACAUUCCUUUUAUCAAAUCAUUUGUUUAGCAUUUUGGAAACUUUCUUCCUCUACAACAUUUUUGAUUUCUCUACAUUUAAUCUGGAGUGAACUCAAAUCUUAAAGGAUAUUGAGACUUAUGUUGUUAAGUGAAUUUGAGAGCAUAAUGACAGCCAACUUUUCAUGUAAUGAAUUAUUGUUUAUUACAAAUUCUGUUAUUUAAGUGAUUGUAUGAGUGAAACAUAUCCAUCGCUGGGCCUGUGGUUAAAAUACUUCAUUUGAUUGCAGACUAACUGAUCAGGAAGCACUGUUUGUCAUUGUGAUGUUCGGUACUACUGCAUAGUAUUAGGGGAUUUAUUUUGUGUGUGUAAACAAGCAAGCUAAUCAAAGUGAAUUGGUUGUGUCCUAUAAAGUGAAAAGAAAACAGACCAAUACAUUCUUCUACAUUCUGUGUAAUAGUGAAAGAUUCGGAAUAAGACACUUUGUUUUGAAGGAGCGUAGCUCAUACCCUGCAUGCAUGUGUGUACCCUUUAUGUUAUGCUUUUUCUAAGUCAUUAUUAAAAUGGCUAUAUUUGUA